CUGGAUGGACCUUUGGUCUGACCCAGUACGGCUGUUCUUAUGUUCACUAAUUUGGUGAAAACUGAAACAAUCUGUCUGGAAUUCCAUAUACAUUAUCUGAUGACAGGUUGGAAUUUUUUUUUUAUGGUGCACCAGACUUCAAAACACUUUGGGUUACCAAACCUAGAUUUACUUUAACCCACCUUGUUGAGACCUGGCGCCUUUGGCUAUCUGGGGAGGGUUUCUUAGCAGAAUCGUUUAGCUAAAAGCAGUUGAAACAUGCAUAAAGUGAUGCAGAGUCCACAUGCUGCCUUGUGGAGAGUGUAAGAAGUUUGCAAAAGAUGGACGCUUACUUCCAAAACUGUGCAACGCUCCCAGGCACAUCCUAAGUAACCCACAUGGGGGGCAGGAGUUCUUUCUGAAGCCUCUCAGAGGAGCAAGACCCUGCUCCAUCCUAAGUUGCAUAGCUGUUUUUGUCUAGUUUAAGUGUUUCUAAACCACGUCCUAUCACAGUGGCCUAUAGGCACAGGUAUGUGUUUAAAGAAGUCUGCCACUAACAGAAAUACAGGUGCCUGACUGGAGCUGAACCAGCAAAAAACUGGAGAAAGACAGUGGUGAGAGAGAGAGAGAGAGAGAGAGAGAUUCUCCUUCCUGCUGCCAUAAUGCCACUAAUUUAGGUUUAAACGUAUGAAGGUUUAAUCAGAGGAAAAGUUAACUGCAGGCACAUGGAUGGGUGGCAUUGUACAGGCUCAGGACCAUUAAUGUUACACUUGGAAAGGCAACAGAGUCCAGCGAAAGAAGACAUAAACAACAGCAUGGUCUCAUGCCGUGAACACCGUGACCCAGGAUCUCUUUCUCCACUGAACACACAGUUAAAACCCCUGAUCUGUUUAGAGCUAAUUAUAGGCCCCGCAGCAGGUGUUCUGUGGAGGUCUGGGACCUUAGCAGUAUCGCCUGGUUCCCUUUUGCUUGUAUUUUAACCCCCUCUCUACCCAUUUGUGGUGAGGCGGAGCUGAGGAUGACUCAGAGCUGACAGGUGUCCCAGUCACUAACCCGUUAUAGAGCAGCACGAGAGCCAGUGGAUUGCUCUCUCCUUUCCCUGUAGUGUGGAGGCUGUGGGCAAUUCCCAAAAUACCUAGCUGCUGCUGCUGCUGGCCACGGCGCAAACAUGGAAACUGAAUCCCUCUGUUCAACAUGAAACCUAAUAGCUGGUUCCCUUGGUGUAGGACCGAAGAGGGAUCUGUUAGAGAGAAUCUACCUCCCUGCCAUGAAAUGCAGGUAUUUCCCCACUCAGUGCUCGUCUGCUUUUUCCUCUCAUGCUGUUACCGUGCCACGUGAGGAUACAUGCUGGAUCAGACUGUUACUUUUCAGCUCGUGUGCCCCCAUCCAACUGUAUGACAUCAUAAAGCGCCACAGGAAAGGACAAACCAGCGCAAAGUUAGUAGGGGACAAACGAAGGCAGCAAGUGAAGAACAGGAAUUCAGCAUAUGGAAAUGGGAGACCUGGGUUCCGUACCUGGAUGCAACGAAACCGGCAAGGACCCAAUCGAUUUAGAAGAGGGUUUGGACAGCAGCAGUAUAAUAGAAGACCAUUUAGAAGUGCCAUGGCUGGUCCGAGAAGACGAGUAGCUGCCACAUUAAAUGGAGCGAGCCCUUUAAACCGGCAGGCUUUAGCUCAAGAGGGCAUCCAGCAUGAUGAAGUGCUUACAAAAAGCAGUGACAGUGGACAGCCUGAAGCACAGAGACGGCUACCCCAGCGCCCCAAGAGAUUCCGAACAGCGGGAGUCCCUGGCCAAGCCCCAGCUAGAAGGCCUUUCAUGCUAAACAGGAGACCAGCCUUCCAGCAGAGGCAACCCCAAGUCAGCUUUACCAGAGGGGUCAGUGUGCGACAGGCUCUUCAAACGGAACCACCCACAGAAGGGAAACGACCAUGGAUGAGAAGGUGGCAGCUGCAGCCCAGCGCUGGAGCAGUUCUAACCAUUUCUGUCUGUAACCCUCAGGCGAGCCACACCAAUAUACCAGCCUGACCUUGGACGAGAGAUUCUCCGGCCUGAGGAACAAGAGGCGUUUUACGGCAGCGAGGAACAGCGGCCGGACAGUCAUGCUGCCCUAGUGCCACGUGUGUGGCCUGGGGAUGGUGGAUCCAGCCCAACCUGAAUAACGGGCCACCAAUAAAACGCAAUUGAUUCCCUUUC